AAAUUCUCAGAAAUUAAAAAGUGUCACAAAGAAAUAAUUUGCUUAGCAAGAAAAAAAAAGUUCAAUACAAUUUUUUUUAUUUAUAUGAGACUCGGCACCUGCGAUAUCGAUUGUCCGUGUUAUUAUAGGACUCCACGUCGUCGUUACUCGUCGACAAAGUAACGAAAACAUUAUUUUAUUAUCAUUCGUCAGGCAGGUAUCACGAAAUCCGCUCAGCUAUUUUGCUGCAGGAUAUUGAAAUGUGUUAAAAGAAUUUUUUUCACUACAAGAGAAAAAAGGAAAAAAUAAUAAAAAAGCAAAAAAAAAAUAAUAACAGGACAUUGCCAAAGUUAAUUACGUUACACAUUUUUUUUUGUUGUUCUAUAAACGAGGAAAGUUGUUUCGCCACGUCUCCGCAGUACCACAGGGGAAAAAAAGCAAGAAGGAAAUAAUAAAAGAGAGAUCUCUUCACGUCGCUUUCUUCGUCAACUUCUUCUAAGGAGUGCAAAAAAAAAUAAGGGAAACACUCAAAAAAAAAAUCUUAUUUAAAUAUUUGCUUACCUCGAAGACAAUUGCAAGGAAAGCUGGGUAAUUGCGUGGAAACCGUCGCCGUUCUACAGGACAAAAUUAAAAAGAAUUAAAUGUCGUGUAACGUCGCCUGUGUCGUUUUCUGCCGCCUUUCGUGAGCAUCGUUCCACAGCACAAUAAUCGGAGAAAGUAUGGCAACUAUUCUGUACUAUCAUCCGUUAAGUCCGCCCUGUAGAAGUGUGUUGUUGCUGGCUCGAAUGCUGGAUAUCGAGUUCGACUUGCGAUCAAUUAAUAUCUUGGAGAAGGAGCAGUUGAAUCAGGAGUUUGUGGCUAUCAACCCACAGCACACAAUUCCCACAAUGGACGAUCAUGGCUUAGUUUUAUGGGAAAGUCGCGUUAUUUUAACUUACCUUUGUUCGUCCUUUGCCAAAGAUGAUUCUCUUUAUCCGAAAGAUGUUCGUGCUCGAGCUCUUGUCGAUCAACGAUUGCAGUUCGACUUAGGAACUUUACAUCGUCGAAUGCAAGAUUACGUCGAGCCAACUUUCGCUUACGGCGCCUAUUUAGACGAAAAAAAGAAACUCAAAAUAACCGAAGCUCUCGAUUGGCUCAACACGAUGCUAAAUAACGGCAAAAAAUGGGUAGCUGGACCCAAAAUGACCCUCGCUGACAUUUGUUUGUGCGUCACAGUGAACCAAAUUCAAGCAUUCGGCAUUGACAUUCAAUCGCACUCGAAUGUCGUUGAAUGGAUGCAACGUUGCAAGGCCGAAUUGGAACCACAUGGCUUUGAAUUUUGUGCAGCUGAUGCGCAUCUUCGAACGACAUUCCAAAGCAACGGUAGCUGCAUCGUCCUCGUCAACGAGGAAAAUGUCAUUCAACGAACAGUUCCUCGUCUUUUUUAUGCGGCGAUGAGUCCGCCUUCUCGCAUGGUAAGGAUUGUGGCUCAAGUGAUCGGACUUCCGUUGGAUCUGAAACUCGUAAAUUUGGAAGGAGGAAGUGAACCGAAGGAUUUUCUCGAGAUAAAUCCGCAACAUUGCUUGCCGACGUUGGAUGACGAUGGAAUUGUGCUGUGGGAAAGUCGAGCAAUAGCAACUUAUUUGAUCUCGACAUAUGCUAAAAGUGAUGAUUUGUAUCCGAGAGAUCCGAAAAGACGAGCGCCCGUGGAUCAUAUGUUGCAGUUUGACUUGGGAACGCUUUAUGCGAGGAUUAAUGAUUAUUAUGGCGACAUUUUAUACCGAAGUCGAAUGCCAGAUCCGCGAAAACUCUCCGCCCUCACCGAAGCCAUCCAAAUCUACGAAACUAUCCUCUUAACUCGCAAAUGGGCUGCUGGCGAUACUUUUACCGUCGCCGACAUCUCCCUUUGCCAAUCCUUUUGUCAAUUGGAAGCCUUCGAAUAUGGCUUGGCACGAUUUCCCCGAACAAACAUUUGGUACAAAGCCGUUCAACAACAAUUGAAGCCCUUCGGUUACGAUGAAAUAAAUCAAAAAGUGAUGUCCCAAUGGCGAGCAAUGUUGAAGGCAGAAACAGAUAAAACAACCACAGACCGAUAUUUGGAGCAUCGAAAAAGUGUUAUGUCAAAUUCCUAAAGGAAAAAA